CAACCCACAAUUUUCCCUCUUCCGCCUAAUCUCUCUCUCACACACAUUACAAAGACACACAGAGAAGCACACAUAAAGACAGAAAGAAAGAAAGAAAGAUGUUGGAAGGUUUGACAGAAGCCAUAACAGCAUAUACAGGGUUAUCACCAACCGCUUUCUUUACGGUAGUUGCUUUGGGUGUGGCGGCGUACUAUGUUGUGUCCGAAUUGUUUGGUGGGUCGGAUCCAUAUGUACCACAGAGGUCGACUUCGAGUGAAGAGAUGGAACCUCUUCCUCCACCGGUUCAGCUGGGAGAAGUUACACCCGAAGAGUUGAAACAGUAUGAUGGUAGUGAUCCCAAGAAGCCUCUUCUUAUGGCUAUCAAAGGUCAGAUCUAUGAUGUCUCUCAAAGCAGGAUGUUUUAUGGACCGGGUGGUCCUUAUGCAUUGUUUGCCGGAAAAGAUGCUAGCAGAGCUCUUGCAAAAAUGUCCUUUGAAGAGAAAGACUUGACCGGUGACAUCACUGGUCUUGGCAUGUUUGAACUUGAUGCCUUAACUGAUUGGGAAUAUAAGUUCAUGAGCAAGUAUGCUAAGGUUGGAACCAUCAAAACCCCUGAAACCGCACCUGAACCAUCAACCGCUGACCAACCUGCUGAGUCCAGUGCUGCCCAUUCCACUGAGACCAUUGCAGAUCAAGCUACUGAGUCUGGUUCGGCCCAACCAACUGAGACCACCGCUGAUCAGCCUACGGAAUCUAGUGUCGCCCAACCAAAGGAAACCACUGCAGAGCCCUCUGCUGCAUCCCAACCUGCCUAGUCUGCAUCAGCAUCAGAAAAAACAGCCACAAUAACAGAGAGGAGUUUAUAACGUUUGGUAAUCGAUUGUGUGAUCAUUGCUUAAAAUUUUUAUAGUAUCUUUCUUUCAUAAUAGGAAUAUAAACCCAGCCAACUAUACUAUUUCUGGUGUUAUGUUAUAUGGGUCAUGGUCAUUAUAUGAGACUUCAUUAAACAUCAUUUUAACA